CACACACACACAGCACUUCUAUGUUUGUCAGACUCAAAUCCGAGGGAGAGGAGCUAGCCGCCAUUUUCUAAGCGUCUCUCCCUAAAACGAGAAGAAGACUCGCGGUGAACCACCGUGUGGAUUACGCUCGACUUUCGGGCUUUUUGACUAUUCGUCAGAAUAUCAUUUCAAACAUUGCACAUCAUUUGAUAAUUUCCACACUAUCUCCGGGCCUCGUCUUAUCGUCGGUCCACCGCCGAGGGGACGAGGUGUAGUUCGGUGAUUCGCCCAUAUUGCACGAUUCCGGAACGAAGCCCGCCGACCACUCGGUGUACCCGAGGAGCUCAGAUCGUCUGGAUUAAUCCAUGGCCCGUCGGUCCACGGAAGACGCUUUGUUUUGUUGCCGAUAUUCCCUUUUUUUCACUUAAACUGCGGGGGAUUGUACGCGAAAUUCCCUCGGAUAGUGCGACCUCGUCACGUGGCUGUCUUCUGGCGGGGCUGUAAGCGGGUGGUGUGGAGCAGGCCACGGUGCCCGUCCCUCUGCACUGCAUGGCUGCGAUGGCGCCCGCUCUCACCGACGCCCCAGCCGAAGCUCACCACAUCCGCUUCAAACUGGCUGCCCCGUCCUCCAGCCUCUCCCCGGGCAGCUCAGAGAACCACCCCAACUCCAGCAACCUUCUCCUUCACAGCAGCGGGCCGGCUAGGCGCAAGGCCUCUGAAGAGCGCACCCUCCAGGAGCAGCAGAGCCAGCAGCAGGUUGACAACCCGGCCCAGACACCUAAUCUGGGCAAGCUCCAGCCGCUGGUGGCCUCCUACCUGUGCUCUGAUGUGACACCCGUCCCGUCGUCCAAGGAAUCCAUUGCACUGCAAGAAAUCCUCAUCAAACAGUCUGUGUUGAAAAGUCACGGCAUCCUGCCCAACUCCUUGCUCAACGGAGGGGGAGACUUCCUACUGAGGAAGAAGCAGACCUUCGAGCUCUCUGGCGGUCAGCUCAAGAGCCUGAUGAGUGCUAACACCAAUGGCGGCAGCCAGCCUAUGGCUCCCGUCAACGGCCUUGCCAAGAAGCUGGCCACCUCGGGCUGUAUGGUGGCGGUGAACGGAGGGAAACCCUCCGCCUCCGCUACCUCGGACCCCCAGAAUCUCCUUCUAGACUCGGACAACACCCCCACCAUCAGAACCCUCAGACAUCAUCAGGCACAUUCCUCCAGGGUCUCUCUCACCACAGAUGGUAACAGCCCUGACCCCCCACCAGCACAGCCUCCCUCACCGCCUGCCUUUGGGCUGGGCGGUCCCAACGAACACAUGAAUGCAGAAGAGGAUAGUUCACGCGGCUCAUCGGCUUGCACGCAACAAGCGGAUGGAGAGAGGCCAGGUGGCAGCCAGCAGAGCUCACCCGUGUUGUUGCAGGCUCCUCCUACUUCUUCUGUCUCCCAGCCUCCUACCUACUCUCUGGACAUCCUGGACUCCCAGAUCAGGGAGCGCAGCCUGCUCACCAGCAGCCGCCAGGCACAGAUCGAGAGCCGUUUGCGGCGCCUCCGGAAGCGGCUGCAGGUGGUGCAGGCAAAGCAGGUGGAGCGACAUGUCCAGCAGCAGCUGGGCGGCUUCCUGGGCUCGGCUCUGAGCCGGCUAGUGGGCCCCGGACGCAGACAGGAAGUGUCCCCCUCCACGGCGUCGUGGAGGACGGGGCGCCAGACGGCGGUUGGUAGGGACAGCCUAGGUCGCUUCCUGAAGGCCGGGGCCAUGCCUACGGAGCUGGAGAGGCUGUGUCUGAGCGGCUCGGCCAAUCUGCGCGCCACCGAGAGCGCCUUUGACUCGGACGUGACGGAGAGCAGCUCUGGGGGAGACUCGGACCUGGAGGAAGAGGAGGUUGCCCGGGUAGACGUCGAACAGCGGCACGUCAAAAUAUGGAAGCGGGCGGAGAGUCGGUACAUGGUAGAGAGGGCCGCCAUCAUCAGCCACUGGAACUGGCUGCAAGCACACAUCUCAGACCUGGAGUAUCGCAUCCGCCAGCAGACAGACAUCUACCGCCAGAUACGCACCGGCAAGGGUUCAGUGGAGCUUGAUGGUGGGUCUAUCGGAGGGCCGGAGCUGAAGACGGAGCCGUCGAUCUCUCAGGAUGGAAGCUCGGAGCAGCCUGUCACUGCCCCCACCUCCUCCUCAGACCCCAGCCCCUGGAGGGGCCAAAAUGGCCGACCGGUCAACGGUGUCCUUAACAGGAUGAUGGAGUCGACGGAGACGAAGCUGCAGCAGCCAGCAGCAGCGCCUGACAGCAGCUGUGUAGCGGCCCGCACGCGCCCCCUGGUGGGCUGCCGGCGACGGAGGCUGCUCCAGCCAAGCACUGUGCCGCACCUCCACGGCAAGACCCAGCGUAUUGGCUGUGUUCCCUCGUGUUGCCGGCUGAACCCCAGCUGCGUGAUGUGUGGCGGGAGGAGCAGUUCCAUAGAAGACCCCCAGUACGACCUCCCCACCAUGGAGAGACUCUCCAGACUGGACCCUGGAGUCCACCCUAUCCUCUCCUUCUCAGACGAUGUAUGCGUGGGCCUCCGGCUGCAACAAGUGCUCAAGAGCCAGUGGCAGAGCAAGGCGUUGGACCGCAGCAAGCCCCUGAAGAAGCUCUCCCUCAAACACAAGCUCUCCUCCUCCAGAGAGAAGCACAAGUUCACCAGCUCCCUCAUGGCAGUCCGUCUAGGUCACUUUAAGAGGCGCUCAGAGAAGGGGCGCCCCGGGGAGACGAGCCUGGGGCCUGCGCGACUGGAGAGCCAGGCCCUCUGUAAGACAGAUCGCCUGCAGCCGGGGCCCUACGACAAGAGCUACAGCCGCAAGAGACCACGGGAACGCUCGCUGGACCGGACUGACCCGUCUCCCAAGUUGUACCUGGACUCUGGCAGUCCCUGCUCUGUGCUGGCCAACAUGCACUCAUCCCUCCACAGCUCCCUCACGCGCCAGCUCUCCACCUCCUCCGACAACUCCACCCCUCUGGGCAGCCAGAGUGUCCACAACACGCCGCAGCAGCCCAUCAAGAGGAGGCGAGGCGAGAGCUCCUUCGACAUCAACAACAUCGUGAUCCCCAUGUCUGUGGCGGCCACCACGCGGGUGGAGAAGCUCCAGUACAAGGAGAUCCUCACGCCCAGUUGGCGAGAGGUGGACAUCCUGGCCCAGCCGAUGGCUGAGGAGGAGAACGAGACGGAGCUGGAGGAUCUGACUGAUGCUGCGUUCAGCCAGCUCCACCAGCCCUGUGAGGACCAGGAGAGAUCUCGCUGGACCUGGAUGGCUCUAGCCCCCGCUAAGAGGAGAGGAAGCAGGUCUUACAAGUCCAUUGACGGGCGGACCACGCCCCUGCUCUGUGGCACCAACCCCCCCACGCCCCAGCCCGCCUCCCCGGACCCGGGCCACUGCCCACUGCUCCACGAGUACAGCUACCUGCCUUCGCCCAUGAGCCCGGGCAGCCCGGACGCCACCUCCAACCCCCACACCCCCUGCUCCCGGGACUCGCACCGACUCAUGUCCAACGAGGACACGCGCUGCUCCACGCCAGACUUCCCCUUCGAGGAGAGGACGGUGGCGCCGUUCGAGCGGCGUAACUUCCCGAUGUCGGAGGACCCCGAGAUGCAGCCCGAGGUGGAGAGUGACAGCAGCGCCGUCGUCUCCCGGAUGCGCAGCAUCUCUGGUUGCCGAGCAACGGGCUACGGCCGGCUGGAUUCUGACGAUAUGGACAUGCCUUGUGAAGAGGACGACCUCAAACACAAGGCCCCCACCCACCGAUGAUAAACUGCUGCAACCCAUGACCCUCCCCCAGUUCUGACCACACCCACUUCUCUGGAGCCCCUCCCCCUCACCGAAGACCCUCCCGGCCCCGCAUUAACCUCUGAAGCAGGAAGCAGCAGGUCUCAAGGGGCUGCUGUUGUUUGAUAUUCAAACACCAGUGGGAUACUUUUCACAGUUUUUAGUGAACGUUAUGGAGAUAGAAGCCUUUCCCUACACUUUGUUUUUUGUCACAGGAAAAAAAGGUAAAUGUAAAAAAAAAAGAAUAUAAAAGAAUGUGCUAUAAAAAGUGAUUAGUGUCGUAGGCUGAACAUGUACAUGGGGCUUAGCGAUGUCUGGUGUGUGGCGUGUCUCUCGUAGCGCACUAUGUAGCCCACUACUCCACGUAUGCCAAAGGGUGUUUUCUAUUCACUAGUUUGCUUGUAAUUCCCAUGUACAUUUUUAGUGGAGUGACAAAAUAAUAAUAAAUCUCCUUGAGCCCCCCGCCCAGAUAUACAGGUACAUCGGGGGGUGUAGUUCCUUCCUCUCCCCACUAGAGGCCGUUGCCUUCUUGACUGCCAAGUUCUAUUCUGUUGCUCCUCGUCAUUCCUGACUCACAUUGGACUCAUGUAUGUUUUUUGUUUUCACGGUAAAUCAUUCCUUUUGAGUCUCUGCGAUGCCCAAGCGCUUGUUUGCUUUGCCCUGCUGUCGUUGUCUGUUUUGCUUUGGUUUAUUUUAAGUUUUUAUAAUAAGUGGCAGUAGGCAUACAGGACUGCUGUCUCAAGAGCACUUAGCCCCCCACAUGCUAAUGCUAGUUCUGCUAGCACUACAUAUCUCACCCAUGCUAUCGCUAGGUUUACUAGCCAUACAAAAUCCACCCAUGCUAGUCAUGCAAGCUCUACAGGAUACUGCACAUGCUGACACUAAUUUAAUUAGCCGUCCAUGCUACCACACAUGCUAAUGCUAGUUCUGCUAACCAUAAAAUAACAUACCACACAUGAUAAUGCUUGUUCUGCUAGCCAAUUGAGAUACCACACAUGCUAACGCUAGUUCUGCUAGCCCCACAGAUUAGCCAGGUAGUGGAGCUGCCUGCUCCAUUGAUGCUUACGCUAACAUAGCAGCAGGCUUUUUAAAGGAUGCCAAAAGCAGGCCUGUAGGACGGGGUCUGCUCGGUCUGCGCUCUAGUGCUACAGCAGAGGUCUCAACAGCUGCACCGCUGGCUUCACUGGACAACAACUGGACGUGUUCUGUAAGAAACGCCCCUCCAGCCCUUCCCCUCACACACAAUGCCUCAGGUUUCACAUGUUAAGGGAAUAUCUGCAGCCUGAACUAGACAUCUGAAAGAAUACCAUGUCCUGUCAACACUAGCCCCCCCCUCCCAGUAACUAAUUGCUAUGCAAAAUCUAUGGUAUAAUUUUUCACUUGUUUUCAAUCACUUUCCGUUUGUAGUUAAGCAAGAUGUUGAUGUACCCAUCUGAUGUUGCAGCAGUUAACCUAAUCCAAAUCAGAAUUGUUUUGUAAAUAGUACCAUUAAAACAUUUAUGUUUAACUUGG